AAAUAAAACAAAAUAAAACAAAAUAAAAUAAAACAAAAUAAAAUAAAAUAAAACAAAAUAAAAUAAAAUAAAACAAAAUAAAAUAAUAAAAGAAUAGAAUAGAAUAGAAUAGAAUAGAAUAGAAUAGAAUAGAAUAGAAUAGAAUAGAAUAGAAUAGAAAAAAAUAAAAUAAAAUAAAACAAAAUAAAACAAAAUAAAAUAAAACAAAAUAAAAUAAAAUAAAACAAAAUAAAAUAAAAUAAAACAAAAUAAAAUAAUAAAAGAAUAGAAUAGAAUAGAAUAGAAUAGAAUAGAAUAAUAGAACAGAGUAGAAAAAUAAAAUAAAAUAAAGUAAAAUAAAAUAAAAUAAAAUAAAAUAAAUGGAACGGAACGGAACGGAACGGAACGGGACGGGACGGGACGGAAUGGGACGGAAUGGAAAAUGGAAUGGAAUGGAAUGGAAUGGAAUGGAAUGGAAUGGAAUGGAAUGGAAUGGAAUGGAAUGGGAUGGGAUGGAAUGGGAUGGGAUGGGAUGGGAUGGAAGAAAAUAAUAGAAGAAAAUAAAAUAAGAUAAAAUAGAAUAAAAUAAAAUAGAACAAAUUAAAAUAGAAUAAAACAGAAUCGAAUGGAACAAACUCUGUUCCCUUCUCUUGCAGACUCUCCCGGGGCCGUGGUGCAGUCCGGGCGCUCGGCCAUGUCCUGCUUCCCUCGGCUCUGGCGCUCCAGCGCUCCGCCGUCCCCCGGUUCCCCGGUGCCGCCGUCCCCCGGUUCCCCGGUGCCGCCGUCCCCCGGUUCCCCGGUGCCGCCGUCCCCGGGGCUCCUCGCUGGCCCCGCGAGCCCCCGCGGCCGGAGCGGGCCCCGUUCCCCGCCCGGCUCGCCCGGCUCUCCGGGCCCCGGCAGCCCGCGGCCGACGUCGCCGGUGGAGUGCUCCAUCUGCUUCAACGCCUACGACAACACCUUCAAAACGCCCAAGGUGCUGCGGUGCUCGCACGUGUUCUGCCUGGAGUGCGUGGCCAGGCUGAGCGCGGCUCUGCCGCCCCACCAGCCCCAGGAGUUUCUGCCUUGUCCCUUCUGCCGCCAGCUCACCCAGAUGCCCCGGCAGGGCGCCCCGGGACUGGCCACCAGCAAGGAGCUGCUGGCCACGCUGCCCCCCGAGAUGCAGCAGGAGCGGCCGCUGUGGAUGGAGGGCACCAGGCUGUGCUGCCGCCGCCCGUCCGGCGACGCCGAGAGCGCCGAGGGCUGCGUGUCCGUCGACGUGGCCGUGAGCAAGGCCGAGAGCGCCGAGGCGGCCCCGGCGGGGCUGGCGGGGAGGUUGUCCCGCUGCGAGCUGUGCGACGACUGGAAGCGCGUGGUGCUGCUCUCGGCGCUCCUCAUCAUCCUCUUCUGCAUCGUCCUGUGGCCCGUGCAGUGCGCGCUCAAGACGGGGAACCUGCGCUGCUUCGCCCGCGCCGCGGCGGCCGGAGGGCCCGAGCUGCUGCCGCCCAAAGGAACGGCCACGGCGGCCGCUGCGGCCGUCACACGGCCGGCUCUGCAGUAG